UGAAAUUGUCUCUUCUUUUAUCACGAACAUGAAACAUAAACUUUUAAAAGACAUAUUUAAUGGUGAAUCAAAUACUGAAAUCCAAUGGGUAUUUACUGUUCCAGCUAUAUGGUGUGACAAAGGCAAGCAAAUUAUGUCAAAAGCAGCUGAAAUGGCUGGAUUAUCACCAGACAAAUUCAUGCUUUUAGAGGAACCUGAAGCUGUAUUAAAGUAUUAUUCCAUAAAGGCCAACGAGUAUCCGACAAAGCUCCCUGCAUGCUACAGGUGUAUUGUUUUACAAGUAGGAGAUAACGCAAUUAAUUCAACAAUAAUGAAAGUUGAAGAUGAUACUUAUACGAUGAAGACUACUAUAUUCAGUCAGUAUGAAGGUGUUAUUCAAGAGGUUUCAAACUUUAUUUCCGAUUUAUUUGGUACAAAAGUUUCAAAACAUUGCCAAAAAAAUCACCCGCUGGAGUAUAUGACAUUAUUUUACAGUGUCAAAAAAGAAAUGAAGUGCGUUCAACCGAAAACAGAUAUCAAAAUAUGUAUUCCACGUGUAUGGUUUGACAUAUUUGAAGACUUAACUACUUUAUCUGAUGCACACAUGAAAUCUCAUUUACAUCAAGAUGUUGAUUGUGAAGGAGAUGAAAUGAAACUUAAAUAUGAACUAUUCUGGGCCUUUUGUGACAACUUCAUUCAAUGUAGACUUCAAGUAAUUGAUCAUAUUUUAGCAACGGAGUCGGUUGCUGGUAUUGGUGUUCUAUUUCUUGCUGGAGACUUUAUUGAACCGGUUUUUGUUGACGCUUUGAAACGACAAUAUCCUAAACAUACAAUACUCGUAGCAAGGGAUCCAGAUAAGGUAAUUCUAGAGGGUGCGCUUAUGUCGUGGAAUGAACAUUUUUUACAUUCCAGCUUAAAGUAAAACAAGUCUUUAUUCGCAUUGGACUGGUGUGAUGUACAAACAUUUAAUUUUCAGUUUA